AUGACAGAGCCAGAGAAGCUUGUUUCUAUAUACUAUAAAGAAGAUGUUGCAAAGGGAGAUACAUAUAACGUACAUUGGAAACAGGUGCCCAUUCCCUCUUUGGUUCAAGCUGAACCUUUGCUGGCCAAGCUUCGACAACAUCCGCAAGUGACAGAUGAUAGUGCGCAAGAAGAUGCUUUUCGGAUUGAUUUGGCUGAACAUGUCAAGAUCCAAACAGUACGCAAAGAAAGUGUGUUUAGCGAACAAGUAACUGAAUCAGAACAAGCCAUCAUCCAACAACGAGUAGCGCUGCAGCAGCGACAGUACCAAGAAUUCGAAAAAAAGGAAAAGAGCCGCAAGAUACGAAAGGUAAAGGAUGUCUACGAUUAUCUCACCAGCGAAGAGGUCAUGGCGAUGCUGGAUGAAAGCGGUAAUGAUGAGCAAGAAGUGAUCGUUCGCCUCACUCAGCCUGCUUAUUUGCAUGAGAUUCGCAAAUCCAUUGCUAUGAAGCAUAUCCAGCAAGAAACCAAAGAAACCCUGAACGAGGAACAACAAGCCAACUACACACAUCUUUUGGAAAAACGAUCAAAGACCCUGAAGAAGACGACAGACGAGACAGCCAAGAAGACGUACCGCACAAGGCCAGACCGUUUAGGUCUCGAUGAAGCACUCAAAAAAAUGCAAGAUAACAGUGUAAAUCCAUUCGAGGGUUGGUCAUCUGCUCGCAUUCGAGCCUAUCAAAUGAUUGAACAGAAUCCCAACAGCUACUAUUACCGUUUCAAUGCACCUGGUGAAGAGCAACGCAGAGGUCCAUGGACGAAAGAGGAACAAGUCCUAUUUCACAAGCGAAUAGAGGAGGUGGGAUCCAAAGGUCAAUGGGGCAUCUUUGCCAUGAAAAUCCCUGGUCGCGUAGGCUAUCAAUGUUCCAACUACUAUCGACUGCUAGUAGAAACGAACCAAAUUCAAGAUCCAAACUAUGUUGUAGACGAGAAUGGGAAAGCGCAUUACUUGUUUGAUAAGAAAAAAGUGGAUGGGAGCACUGAAAAGACUAUACGCACCUACAGCAAGCAUGGAGCUGCAACGCUGUCUUCUUUGCUUUCUUCAUCAUCUACUACGGAUGUAUCAUCCGGCCCUGAAACACCUGAUGACUCCACUACGAUAGCCUCUGUUUAUCGAAAACGUAAUACACAAAAGUCAACUGCCACCACAUCCAAACACAAGAGCAAGCGAAAACGAAGAGCGUUCACAUGGAACUCGAGUGACGAGGACGAGGAUGAGGAUGAUAUGGAAGAUUACAAUGAUACCUCAGGCACAUUUAAAGUGAGAUCCAGUGCAUCCACCAGCAGCAAACGAACACGCACACGCAGCACACAAGUACAGUUAGCAACAGAAGAUGAUAACCCUCUGCCUGGAUUUAUUGAUCCCAUUACAUUGGAUGAGGUGAUCAAACCAGCCAUUUCCACUUAUGGUCAUGUUAUGGGUUAUGACAGUUGGGUGCGUUGUCUUACAAAUUGGGAAGGCAAGAAGAAUAUUUGUCCCUUGACCAAAAAGCCCUUAUCCAAGAGAGACCUCACCGUCUUGACUCCUGACAAUAUCGAAGCGUAUCGAGACAAAAUCAUCCAAUAA